AUGUCAACCCCACAGGAAGCAUGGAGGCAGCUCGCCAAAAACGUCGAACGUGUUCGCCAAGCAGGAGGAGGAGGUGGCCCUAGUCCAAAGGGUUUCGCUGGAGGAGCUGCAGCGCUGUUGGCUCUCGGAGGGAUCUUGGUAGUAGGCAACAACUCGCUCUUCAACGUCGAUGGUGGUCACAGAGCUAUCAAGUACACCAGAGUUGGUGGUGUCAGCAAGCAGAUUUACUCUGAAGGUACCCAUCUUAAGAUCCCAUGGUUCGAAACCCCAAUAGACUACGAUGUUCGCGCGAAACCACGCAAUGUUGCUUCUCUCACCGGUACGAAAGAUUUGCAGAUGGUCAACAUUACAUGCCGUGUCCUCUCCAGGCCAAGAGUCGACGCCCUCCCCCAAAUAUACCGGACAUUAGGCACGGAUUACGAUGAGCGAGUCCUCCCUUCGAUUGUCAAUGAGGUACUGAAGAGCGUCGUUGCGCAGUUCAAUGCUAGUCAGUUGAUUACACAACGCGAGAAUGUUGCGAGAUUGGUCAGGGAGAACUUGUCGAAGCGUGCGGCGAGAUUCAACAUCAUGUUGGAUGAUGUUUCUCUGACGCAUCUUGCAUUCUCCCCCGAAUUUACCGCAGCUGUCGAAGCUAAGCAAGUAGCACAACAAGAAGCCCAACGAGCCGCUUUCGUAGUCGACAAAGCCCGUCAAGAGAAGCAAGCAAUGGUUGUCCGAGCCCAGGGUGAAGCACGAUCCGCAGAGCUUAUUGGAGAUGCCAUCAAGAAGAGUCGGUCAUAUGUUGACUUGAAGAGAAUUGAGAACGCAAGAGCUAUUGCCCAGAUUCUCCAGGAAGCUGGUGGGAAGAACAAGCUGUUUUUGGACUCGGAGGGAUUGGGCUUGAAUGUCACGGAGGGGUAUGAGGAUAAGACGAAAAAGUAA